AUGCUCCUGACAUCACGAUUGCUGGCAUGCACCGCCAUUGCCGCUGUGGCUCAUCUGCAAGUCGCAACAGCCAAAUAUACUUUACAAGAAGAUUAUAGCGGGCUCGACUUCUUCAGCAAAUUCCAGUUCGUCACCGUCGACGACCCCACCCAUGGUUUUGUCGAUUAUGUCGAUGAAGCCGAGGCUCGCAGACUGGGCUUGAUCUGGGAGACCGACAACCUUGUCUACAUCGGGGUCGACCACAGUAACAUCAUCGGUGCAUGGUGUCGUCGCGGUCGCCCCAGUGUCCGCCUGGAAAGCAGAGCCUCCUAUACGCAUGGCCUGAUUAUCGGCUCGUUCUGGCACAUGCCCGGAGGAGACUGCGGCACGUGGCCCGCCUUCUGGACUUAUGGCCCGAAUUGGCCCAACAGCGGGGAGAUUGACAUUGUCGAGGGCGUGCACAGGCAGGCCACGAAUGCCAUGGCGCUUCACACCUCGACCAACUGCACCGUGGAUGGAACCCAGUCCGGCACGUGGGUCCAUCACGACUGUUCGCCCGCGACGCCCGACAACGCCGGCUGCGGCGUGCAGAGCAAUACCCCCAAUUCAUUCGGCACGGCGUUCAACGCCAAUCGAGGAGGCGUCUAUGCUACGCUGUGGACUUCCUCCGGCAUCCAGAUCUGGUUCUUCCCGCGGGAUAGAAUUCCCCAUGACAUUAACGUGGGCAAUCCGAAGCCUGAAACCUGGGGCAUCCCGGAGGCGAAUUAUUCGAAACCAUGUGACUUUGACGCGCACUUUCAACAGCACUGGAUUACUUUGAACGUGGCCUUUUGCGGAGACUGGGCCGGCAGUGUCUGGAGCUCGUCGGGAUGCUCCUCCCCGCAAUGGCCAUCGUGUAACUGCUACGUGGCCAUGAAUCCAGCGUCCUUUAUCAACACGUUCUGGCUGGUCGAAUCAAUCAAGGUGUAUCAGUAUCAGGACCGGGGGGGCCACCAUGGGGCCGAGCCGGCAUCGGAAGGCUUGACCUUGCAGACUCAAGCGGGUGCGGGUGCGGGUGCGGGUGCAGAUUAUUGA